AUGAAAUCUUCAUCCCAAAGCAAAAGGCGAAAAAUGUUUCCAUUUCUAGAUAUUAAUGAUAGUGCAAAUGCAUCCAAUAUUGUUGCUGCUUCUCUUCUUGAUUUAGCUUCGUCCUUAUGUAUUAAUGAUCAUCAACCUCAAUCAAUUACAACAAAUUCAACAACACCAGAUCUUAUUGCUUUUGAUUCUCCUCCACCACCAUCCCAAACACUUACAACUUUUUCUCAAUCAAAUGAUACAGCAAGUAAUGUACUUCAUUUAAAUGAUAACACUUCUACAAUUCUACCAGGUCAAACAAAUUAUAUUGAUUCAUUUAAACCUACGAAUAUUUUUGAUGAAUUUCUGGCAUGUUCAUCUCAACAUACCAGUUUAGUUUCUAUUUCAGCUUCUCACUCACAAUCAUCCACUUCAUCCUUAAAAGCAUCUUAUUCAGUAACAUCAUCGUCACCAUCACCACGACAUGCAGAUGUAAGACGUAAAGCGACAGAUAAUUAUUUAGAAACAGCUAAUAAAAAAAGAAAACUAUAUGAUGAAUAA